AUGUGCGACCGGCGGAAACAGGCCUGGGCCGCCGUUAUCAUCGGCAACGUGUUGAUCUACACCAUUGUUAUCGCCAGCCCGAUCUAUGUUCCUCAAUUUCAACCGGGAAGCACGGGAAGAAACAUCAGACACUUGCCCUGCGUGUCACGCAGGAGUGGUGAAACCGGUGUGUGCAUGUUCGCGUUUACCUGCGCGAAAGCUAAUGGCACGCAUCUUGGUACCUGCAUCGAUCGCUUCUACUUCGGUAGCUGUUGCAAAAUUGACGACGAGCCGGACAUCUUCCCGCAGGAUAACAGCAUCGACGACGGUCCGUCACCACCAAGGCCGUUCGUCACGACUCACCGGCCUAUCGGGAGCAGCGGCAUACCGGAGUACUUCGCGAGGCCCAAGCCGACCGAUGAAAAGAAACCAGUCGAGGCUUCGCAAAUCACGACAACAUCUGCAUUCUUGAAAACGCAAAGCACGCAGACUUCAGCAAAUACGAUGAGAGACACGACAAAGUUCGUGACAAAGAAGCCAACGAUCAUGACGAUAGAAACGACAACGCAGACUACUCGCCUCUCGACAUUCCAAACCGUGCAACAUGCUGCCAGACCCAGCACGGAAGCCACGUUGUCGAAGAGAACCAACAGUACUGUAAAUAUUCCAGCGAGUAUAUCAUCAAGUAUAUCAUCAACGAGACCUACGAAACCGUCCACUUUGGCCUCUACCCUACGACCUAGCACCGUGAAUAUAACAAAAGUAACAACACUGUUGACCACGAAGAAGCCUGUCGCGUCCACGACAACAGCGCAAAGGCCAACGGUGCAGACCUCUCAGAAACCGCUCUCUUCGACUACUCGCCGGCCGGUUCUUCAACACGAAUCGACCGCGACUACGAUAAAAAACGUUCUCGCGACUACCACGCAGAAUGUGGUGCCUUCGACCAGAUUCCCACCGCGAAACACGACGUCGGUUAAACCGCUGACUCAGACGAUCACAAGGAAGCCUAGCACCAAGAGACCUAGCACCACCGUGACAACGAAACGUCCGGUGGCGACCACGAAGAAAUCCACUACGUUGACGAAGAGACCGUCGACUCCUUCGAGACCUCUCACUUCCAGUUUCGGUACCACUUCGCCGGUGACGACUAAGCCUCACUCGACCUCCGGGUCGUUCAGCAACGUCGGAUCUUCCAGCGUGAGCGUCAAUCAAGCAACGGAGAGUACUUUAGCCUCCACUGGGAUUAGACCAUCGACUGCGACGACGGCAACUACGAGCGCUAGUGGUCAGAAGACCACCAUUACGACGAAGAGUCCGGGUCAGACAGUGCCUGUCAAAACGACAACGCCGAAGACGACGUUGAAGACGACAACGAGAUCAUCGACGAUCAGGACGACCACCGCUAGACCAUUCACAACGACUAAAACAACGAUCGGCAUAUCGACCGCGGUUAAACCAUUGUCUUCGACCACGGCUAAACCGUCUUCGUCCUCGACCACCACAACGAAAUUGAAACCCACUAAAAUCAUUAGCACGACAACGAAGACCACGAGACCCGAACACACCAGCACCACGGCGACCACGGAGAGAACGAGGCCGUUGUCGUCAACUGCCGGGUCAACGGUUAGCGUUACGAAACCAAAACCCAGCACGACGAAACCAACACCCUUGACGAAGCUUCCUGUGAACACGUCCAGUAUUGUGGAGGUCACCACAAGUAUCUCGAGUUCGAUAUCCACGUUUACCGUUAGGAACGAGAGCACCUCGACCCACGUACCUCCUACCAAGGGUCAGAAUGUUAAUCACACCCUCGAGGAGAUCCCGUUGACUACCUACUCGCCAGGAUUAGUGACGUGGAGCUCCAACUCUGACGAAGUUUCUACAAAAGCGUCCAAUGAAACGUCUUCGUCAACGUCAACGGUAACUACAACGUCAGAGCAAGCGGAAACUGAUUGGGACCCGAUAACAACUCCGGACGGUUGGAUAAUGAUUCAGUCGCCUACUACCGAAAAGUUACCGCAGACUCAAGAGUCGACGACCGAACCGGUUACGGAAUCCACUAUACAGUCUUUGACUUCUGCAAAACCGAUAACAGAGAGCACUACCGAUCCCGACACCAUGAAGAGACCGACGAUAACAAAUUUGUCAGGCGUUACGAUCGACACGGAACUUCCGGUACCGAUGGAGACCCUCAAUAUGUCGGACUAUAAACAAGUGUGCGGACGAAGAUUAUUCCCAGAGCCCAGGAUCGUCGGCGGUGACCGGAGUUCCUUCGGAAAGUGGCCUUGGCAGAUCUCAUUACGUCAAUGGCGAUCGCAGACGUAUCUGCACAAAUGUGGCGCGGCAUUGUUGAACGAGAACUGGGCUAUUACCGCGGCGCACUGUGUCGAAAGCGUACCACCUACCGAUCUAUUAUUAAGGAUCGGCGAACACGAUUUGGCGAAUGAAGACGAACCGUACGGGUAUCAGGAGAGGAGAGUGCAGAUUGUGGCAAGCCACCCACAAUUUGACGCGCGUACCUUCGAGUACGAUCUCGCCCUGUUGCGAUUCUACGAACCCCUUCUACCCUUUCAACCGAACGUCUUGCCGAUUUGCCUGCCCGACGACGAUGAAACUUACGUUGGUCGUACCGCCUACGUUACUGGCUGGGGCAGACUUUACGAUGAAGGGCCCCUGCCGUCCGUGUUACAGGAGGUUGCAGUACCGGUUAUCAAUAAUACCGUAUGCGAAUCGAUGUACAGAAACGCGGGUUACAUCGAGCACAUUCCGCAUAUAUUUAUCUGCGCCGGUUGGAGGAACGGCGGAUUCGAUUCUUGUGAGGGUGACAGCGGCGGUCCGAUGGUCAUCCAAAGAGCGCGAGACAAGCGAUGGAUUCUUGCCGGAAUUAUCAGUUGGGGUAUCGGUUGCGCCGCGCCCAAUCAGCCCGGCGUUUAUACGCGUAUCUCGGAGUUUCGCGACUGGAUCAAUCAGAUCCUGCAGUUCUGAGCGUCUCUAGACGACGAAAGAGCAUGUCUCGCGCUCGAAAUUCGCGCUUUCGCGUCGCGCCGACUCCUACGGACGUUUGUAACGAUCGCCCAGCCGACGGACGGCACCAUCUGCCGGAGCUGUGAGCCAAGUGCAAUUUAGUGGAAAAAUCUAAGAGAUCCCGGUUGCGGGGAUUCACAGAGAUCUGUGCGCGUGUUGCGAACUCGAACGACAUGUGGAGCCACUGAUUCGAUUUUCGCGUGUGAAAGCCGCGACGUACGUACAUGCGAUUUCCCGGGAAAAUCCGUGUUACAACGAUACGGUAAAGGAACAAAAGGCUGUAUCGAUUUGCGCGAUAUCGAGACACUGUGAAUGUACCGUGACAAGCACAUCAAACUUUGUGACAAACGAUCGAAAUUUUCGGUCAACUUAGAUUUCUUUAUCUAGAAUCGUUUUAAAAUAGUUAAUUCCAGAACAUGGAAUUACCUUUUUAAAGUAAAUUAUUCUUUUACAUAUAUAUAGACGCUGUUCAGCAUUAACUUUUUAAGUUUUCUCCUUCUACCAAACGUGUGUCGAUUUAUUUUUUUCUAAUGUGUUCAGUUUGCUCAAAGCCUUAAUGAAUGCAUGUAAAAAUAUAUGCAUGUGAUUGCGCUAAUUAAUAGAUCUGCAAAGGAAUUAUUGUAUCUGUUUUUAAUUUAAUAAUAGAAAAAAUACGAUAAUUUGUUUGUUGAAUCUCUAUUACAUUUAAUCAUUUAAACUUUAACUUUUAACUUUAAAUUCAAAUAAAUUAAAAUAAUGUCCAUUAAAGUACGAUAUAUUCAAUAUACGAGGGCUGAUUAAAAAUGUCAAGAAGUAUCCGACCUUUUUAGAUGUGAAAUCAAAUAAAUUUUAUUUGAAAUUAUGUAGAGAUUGAAUUUCAAUCUCUUUCAAAGCAAGUUUGUUGUGUCCACACACACUUAUUUCAGCGUGCAGCGGUUCUUCCAUACCUGCAGGAAACAUUAUUCAAAUUCAAUCUUGAAGAUUGUCUCUUCAAUUCUCUCGUCGCAUUCUCGAUAAUUAAAUUGUGUAUCUUUUCAAUUUUGUAAGUUUCGGAAAAAAGCAACCAAAUUACACGGAGCCAUAUCUGAAAAGUAAGCCUGUCGGAUCAAAGAAAUGACCAUAAAAAAGUCUACAAGCAAACAGGCAAAUCUGAGGGUACAUGAUUAUAUGAUACCGGUCAAGAAUACGACGAGAGAGCUCUUGGUGAUUCCCAAGAUUGAGUUUGAAAAGUAUUCUGGACCAUGUCUUUCCAUAGAUUGAAACAAGUGGGUUCACAAGAAGCCUGCUUUGAAGAAGAUUGAAGUCCGAUCUCCAUAAAUAUAAUCUAUUUGAUUUCACAUUCUGACCUACAGAUUAGAUACUUUUUGAUCAGACCUUGUAUAAACUUAAUAUAAAAAAAAAAAAAUUUCCAGGCAAUUUAAUUCAACUUAAAUCAAAAUUAUUAUUCAAUAUUUACAAAAAUGUUUGCAAUUUAAUAUUUUGCUUAUUUUCUCAUCUAUCGCUGAAAGUGAUUAAUCAUGAAGCUACUGUGAUUCAGAGAAUUUACAUAUUUUCUUAAUAUGUAUUUACAUUUCAAAAAUAUAGUAUAAUAAGCUUUUGAAUCACAGUGUGCGCAAAAAUUGUUAUGUAAAUGUUGUUACGCGAUACAACAAACACUCUACGGUGUCGUUAAUAAAUAUUUCAAACGAAAACACUGUUAACUGAAUAUAACUUAUAAAAAUUCACUUUUUAUAACUUUUUUGCCUAUCGAUGAACAAAGUAUCGAACUCUUCGUCAGCUCUCUAAACAUUUUUAUAUAAAAAAAAUUGCGAGAUUUACGUAUACCAUCCAUAUACAAUGGUACCUAAAUUUCUGUCUACACAUGUAAAUUCAAAUAUGCAUAGCUGGGCGUAGAAUAAAUAGAGUAUCCCAAAA